GCCGCCACCGCGCCCGGGCCGCCGAUCCCCGGGCCCCGCGGCCCCCCGACCUCCCCCGAGGGCCCCCCGAGGGCGACAGGGACCGGACCGAGCCGUGCCGCGGGAGCCGGCGAGCUGGACGCGGUGGCUUGCAGCUGGAGCGCGUCCCGGGCCGAGCGGGGCAGCCUUCCGCGAAGACCACCGGGCCCGGGCCGAGCCGAACCGGACCGAGCGGAGCCCAGACGGUGCCUGCUGGCUCGGAGAAGCCGAGGGUGGUGGACUCGGGGGGUCCUGGCGCCCCUCCCAGCACUGCGACUUGGGCUCACGCGCUGGGGCCGAACCGCGCCGGGCGCCCUGAACCCUCAUCACCUGUGGCCAGGAAGCCCCGAGCCCAGCGGACCCUCGCUCGGUCCCCAGCCGGAGGAGGCCUGGAGGGGCUCGAUAGGGCUUUAUUCGGCCCCUUUCUGGGGUGCCCCGAGGCCCCGCCUCCUCCCAUCGCCCAGAUGUCCCCGGUGGAGGCUCUGAGAACCUCCCCCAGGCCAGGGACUCUUGGUGGGUCCAGAGAGAGGAGCCCGCCCUAAGGGAGCCCUCCAACGUCGUAUUGGGGGUUGCCCCCUUUCCCUGGAAACGCAUCUCCGAAGGAAGGCCGGUGCCCUCUCCCCCAGCCUCGGGGGCUGUCCUCCGCCAAUCCUGCGCCCUGCCCGGAGCCGCCCACUGCCGGAGCUCCCGCAUCUCUGGAAGACCCUGCCCCAGCUGGUGUCAGAUGCACCCCAGGACCUCUUGCCUUGGCAACUGCCCCGGAGUUUUAUGGUCUGGCUGCGCCUACGCCCCUCCCCAAGGGCGUCUCUUACUCCUGUCAUCAUCCCUCACCUUUGGGUCAUCCAUCGGAGGUUGCUGUCCAAGGCACUUUGAGCCCUGAAGGCCCCACUCCCUGCCCGCCUGAGUCCUCACCUUGAUCCUCUCUGCCAGACUUUUGUCUGCCUCUGGGUGUCCCAGCACUCCCCACCCGGAGGCACUUGGGCCGGGUGAGGGCCACCCAGGGCCAGGGUGGGCUGGGGGCCGUUAAGAUGUGGAGCGCUGCCCAGCUGAGGGGGGCUCCGUGGAGGCAGACACAGCGAGUGCCCGGCAGGGGGGAGUAUGGGCAGGCCUGUGGCCACGUGGUAAAGGAUGAACAUUCGGGGCGCCCCGGACCUCGGGCAGCCCACCGAAGACCCCAGUAGUGGCGGUGGAGAGCGGGAGCGGAUCCGACAGCGCAUGAAGAUGGUCAUUGGGCAGCUCGAGGGCAUCUUGCGGGAGCUCAAGGAGGUGGCCAAGGAGCUCCGGGAGGUGGUGAGCCAGAUCGACAAGCUAACCUCAGACUUCGACUUCGAACUCGAGCCGGAUGAUUGGACCACGGCCACUGUGAGCAGCACCUCGAGCAGUGACAAGGCGGGAGUGGGCGGCCCCUUCGACCUGCCACCCCUGGACUUCGUGACAGCAGACAUCCUCUCAGACAGCUGGGAGUUCUGCUCCUUCUUGGAUGCGUCCACGCCCUCAGAUUCCGUGGACGGCCCGGAGUCCACGCGUGGGCCAGGCGCCGGCCCUGACUACCGCCUCAUGAACGGGGGCCUCCCUGUGCCCAAUGGGCCCCGCGUGGAGACCCCCGACUCCUCCAGCGAAGAGGCCUUCAGCGCUGGCCCACCCAAGGGCCAGCUACCCCAGCGGACCCCGGGCACUCGGGAGAGGGUGCGGUUCAGCGACAAAGUACUCUACCAUGCUUUGUGCUGUGAUGAUGAAGAGGGGAAUGAUGACCAGGUGGAGGCAGAGGAGGAAGAGGCAGGCCUGCCACUGGAGCCUCCUCACAGAGAGGACCGUGCUGGGCCCCUCAAGGCCUCCACAGCCUCCAGCAAGCCCAGGCGCUCUCCACUGACUGGCGGUCGUGCGGGUUCCUCCUCCACCUCUGAGCAGCCCCGCAGGGUGACCAGAAAUAGCAGCACGCAGACCGUGUCGGACAAGAGCACACAGACUGUGCUCCCCUACACAUCCUCCAGACAGAAAGCUAGGGGCAAGAACUAAGGGCUGGUGGGCCCGGGGUGGGGAUAUAGAGCUAUAAACAUCUAUAUUUAAACAUGCAGUCAUAAUAAAAUUUUAAAAUGCUAAAAA